AUGGUUGGCCGUCCUAUUGUUGUCUCAGGUCCAUCUGGUACCGGCAAGUCUACCCUUUUGAAACGUUUAAUGGGUGAAUAUCCAGAUAAGUUUGGUUUUUCAAUCUCAAAUACUACUAGGGCUCCAAGACAGGGUGAAAAAGAUGGUGUAGACUAUUACUUUACUUCUGUGGAAAUGUUCAAAAAGAUGAUCGAAAAAAAUGAGUUCAUUGAAUGGGCUCAAUUUUCUGGUAACUACUAUGGUACUUCCAUUGCAGCUGUCAAGCACGUUGCUGAUGUCUUAAAGAGAACAUGUAUCUUAGAUAUCGAUAUGCAGGGUGUCAAAUCAGUCAAGCAAACAGACUUAAACGCAAGAUUUCUAUUCUUAUCUCCCCCAUCCAUCGCAGAGUUAAGAAAGAGAUUAGAAGGUAGAGGCACUGAAACCCCAGAAUCUCUUGAAAAGAGAAUCGCAGCAGCGACUGCUGAGAUGGAAUAUGCAAAGACAGGUGCUCACGACAAAAUUAUUGUUAACGACGAUUUGGAGAAGGCGUACAAAGAGUUUAAGCAAUUUAUUUUUUCUGAAGAAGUGUAA